AUGGUUUCUAAAUCAAUACCAGCACAAGCCAUUGAAGCAAAAAAGAAAUAUAAAUCAUCAAAAUCAAGCCGUUAUGAACAUAAAAUCAAUCGAAUUAAACUAAAAUGUCGUUCAGAACUCGACUUGUUUAAAUGGCAAAAAUGGAAUUUUUAUCAAAAGGAUUACUGGAUUGAUUCUUUUGUCGACAGAUGUGAAAGAAUAGAUUAUCGCAUGGUUAGCAAAAAAGAAUUUAUUGACAAGUAUGAAUCAAAAAAUGUACCUGUAAUCAUCACACAUGUCACAGAUGAUUGGAAAGCCAAUAAGCAUUGGACUGAAAAAUAUUUAUCAGAGAAUUAUGGCUCUCAAUUGUUUAAAGUGGGAGAUGAUGAUGACAAUAACAAUGUUUAUAUGAAAAUGAAGCAUUUCUUAUAUUACACACAACAUGAUGGACUUGUAGAUGAUUCACCUCUUUAUAUCUUUGACAGUGGAUUUUAUCGGUCUUCUCGUUCCUCUGAAAAUACAAAAAAGAAACCAUCUAGUCUGCUAAAUGACUAUAAAGUGCCCAAGUAUUUCAAUGAAGAUUUGUUUAAAUUGACAGGUGAUAGAAGACCACCUUAUCGAUGGUUAGUGAUGGGUGGAGCAAGAAGUGGUACUGGUAUCCAUAAGGAUCCUUUGGGCACAUCAGCAUGGAAUGCAUUGAUUAAAGGACAUAAACGAUGGUGCUUAUUCCCGCCCAACACACCUAAAGAGCUCUAUGAUCCACCUAUGAAGCCCUACGAUCAUGAAGGUGUCUCUUGGUUUGACCAAGUCUAUCCUAAGUUUAAACAGCGGGAAGGUACUCAAACGUUAGGUGAAAAGUGGGGCAUGAUUGAAGUAUUGCAAAAACCUGGUGAGACCAUUUUUGUGCCUGGUGGUUGGGCGCAUGUUGUCAUGAAUUUAGACUUGACAGUGGCUGUCACACAAAACUUUUGUUCUUCUACCAAUGCAGAAUAUGUUUAUCUGAACACUCGACACAACCGACCCAAAUUAGGACAAAAAUUAUUUAGAGAGAUUCAGAAAUUAGGCGAGUCAGACAAGCAUUAUGCAGCAUUAGCAGAAUCCUUAGCAUCUACACUGUAUAUACCUCGAUUGCCACCCAGUAGUAGUGAAGAUAGUAGUGCAAGUUCGUCUACUUCAAGCAGCAGCAGUAGUAGUAGUGAUGCAGAAUAUACAAGAAAGAGAAAGACUGCUUUAAUUAGUUCAACAGAAUCAGAAACAGAUCUUAGUGAUGGUACAUGUAUGUGUAAGAAAUGCAAAUAUAAACGUAAAAAGAAAAGAUUGUCAUAA